AGCGAGCGAGAGAGGGAGGGAAGAGAGAAUCAUGUCGGGGUGGGAUGAAGGGGCGGUGUUCUACAGCGACCAGGCGCAGUUCCCCCGCGGCGGCGGAGACCCCGAUCAGGGAUCCAUCACUCGCCACACCGCCCUCCGCAAGUUCAAGGAGUUCAUACGCGGAUUCAAUGGCGAGAAGGGCGACUUCCCUUACCGCGAGAGCCUCGUCCAUAGUCCCGACCACCUCACCGUGGCCAUGGAGGAUCUCGACGCCUUCGAUGCCGUGCUCUCCGACAAGAUCCGCAAGUUUCCAGCCGAUUUCCUCCCCCUGUUCGAAACCGCAGCCUCAGAGGUGCUUGCGAGCCUGAGAUCAAAGGUUGCAGGCGAGACAGGGGAGAUGGAGGAGCCCAUCACAGGAGAGGUGCAAGUCUUUCUAUCUUCCAAAGAGAGUUCGGUCUCCAUGAGAUCUGUCGGGGCUGAGUACAUGUCCAGGCUUGUUAAGAUAUCUGGGAUUGCGAUCGCUGCUUCCAGAGUCAAGGCCAAGGCCACAUACGUAACUCUGAUGUGCAAGAAUUGCAAGAGCAUAAAGACUGUGCCUUGUCGACCAGGGCUUGGAGGUGCCAUCGUUCCCCGGUCAUGUGACCAUGUGCCUCAGGCUGGUGAAGAGCCUUGCCCUUUGGAUCCUUGGAUAGUCGCACCAGAUAAGAGCAAGUAUGUUGACCUGCAGACCCUCAAACUGCAGGAGAAUCCAGAGGAUGUCCCAACUGGAGAGCUGCCAAGAAAUACACUUGUAUCCAUAGAUCGGCACCUGGUUCAGACUAUUGUGCCUGGUACAAGGCUGACAGUUAUGGGCAUCUAUAGCAUCUAUCAAGCAUCUGCAGCUCAGAAAGGCGCGGUUGGAGUUAAACAACCUUAUAUUAGAGUUGUUGGAUUGGAACAAACCCGUGAAACAAAUUCCUCUGGUCCAUCAACCUUUACCUUAGAUGAGGAAUUAGAAUUCAAAGAGUUUGCUCAAAGGCCUGAUGCAUAUGCUAAGUUAUGUUCAAUGAUUGGACCUUCAAUCUAUGGCCAUGCUGAUGUAAAGAAAGCUCUGGCUUGUUUGUUAUUUGGGGGUUCAAAGAAGAGGCUACCAGAUGGCGUACGGUUAAGGGGAGAUAUCCAUGUCUUGCUACUGGGUGAUCCAUCAACAGCAAAAUCACAGUUUCUCAAGUUUGUCGAGAAAACAGCUCCAGUGGCUGUUUAUACUUCAGGAAAAGGUUCGUCUGCUGCUGGUCUAACUGCAUCCGUGAUUCGUGACAGUAGCUCACGUGAAUUUUAUCUUGAAGGAGGUGCCAUGGUUUUGGCUGAUGGUGGAGUAGUUUGUAUUGAUGAAUUUGACAAAAUGAGGCCUGAAGAUAGAGUUGCUAUUCAUGAAGCCAUGGAGCAGCAAACUAUUUCUAUUGCCAAAGCAGGAAUUACAACAGUACUCAACUCAAGAACAUCGGUACUUGCAGCUGCUAAUCCUCCAUCUGGGCGCUAUGAUGAUCUUAAGACUGCACAGGAUAACAUUGAUUUGCAGACGACCAUCCUAUCCAGAUUUGACCUGAUCUUCAUUGUGAAAGAUAUCAGAGAAUACGAUCAAGACAAGAAAAUUGCUAGUCAUAUUAUUAAAGUUCAUGCUAGUGGUGCUGCGGCCUCCAAAAGCACCAAUGCUACUGAGGGAGAAAAUUGGCUGAAAAGGUACAUUGAGUACUGCCGGGUCACAUGUCAUCCACAGCUAUCAGAAAAGGCCGCUGAAAUGUUGCAAAACAAGUAUGUAGAGAUCAGGCAGAGAAUGAGGCAGCAGGCCAAUGAGACUGGAAAAGCUGCUGCAGUUCCAAUUACUGUCAGGCAGCUUGAGGCAAUAAUACGUUUGAGCGAAUCUCUAGCUAAGAUGAGAUUGACUUCUGUUGCUACCCAAGAGCAUGUGGAAGAGGCAUUCAGGUUGUUCAAUGUUUCCACAAUGGAUGCUGCUCGUUCUGGAAUAAAUGAGCAUUUGAAUUUAACUCCUGAGAUUGCAAACGAAAUCAAGCAAGCCGAGGCACAAAUAAAAAGAAGAAUGGGCAUCGGAAGCCACAUAUCAGAAAGGCGUCUCAUAGAUGAGCUUGCGAGAAUGGGCAUGAACGAGUCCAUAGUGAGGAGAGCUCUCUUAAUUAUGCAUCAAAGAGAUGAGGUGGAGUAUAAGAGGGAACGUCAUGUUAUUGUGCGCAAAGCUUGAUCUAAAAGUUUUUACUAGCUAAUAUCAUCAAAGAGAUGAGAUGUAGAUGCUUUUUUGUUGAAUUCAAAUGUUUGCUAUAAUUUCAUCUUGAAUGUGACAAAUAUUCAACUUUUCGGUUGUGGGCAUGAUGGAGCUUACUCUGUUGAUCACAAACAUUGAUCAUUAUU